AUGAACCGUUUAUUUUACUUCUUGGCGCUUCUAGUCGUCGCAUUUGCCGACGAUGUGGAGAAUGGAACUAUUGUUUCCGCGACACCGAUGUGCAUUGAAUAUGCGGAUUGCAUCCACAAAGCACAACAGAAGGCCGAGGAGUGUCACCUUCUGGAGAAUAAUACCGAGACCACAAACGGAAAGAAGGGAGUGUGUACCGAAGCGAAACGAAUUCACCUGGAAAUCAGAUCGAUCCAUGAUCAGAUGUCCGACGAAAUCGAAACAUGUGUCCGUGGCAAAGCGGACAAUGUCGCCGGACUCAACGAAAAGAAACACGAGAGAUGUCAAGCUAUUCUGAAGAAAAAUGCAAAGAGAGCCGCAAUUGAGCCACAGAAGAGAAGAUCAAAGAAGGAGAAGAAUAGCUUGAAAGCUGCGGCAAAGACAUGUAACAAAGAGGCUCGCCGACUCAAAAGCCAAUGUGCUCGACUCGCCAAGUGUUGCCCGGCAGUUAGAGUAUGCCAUCGUAAUGAGGAUAAGACCGAGUUGGAGGAGAAGAAGAAAGCGUUGAAGGAGGCAACCAAAGACUGUGCAACCAAUGGAAAGAAGGGAAAUAAAAAGGCUGGAAAACGUAUUGGAGAGGAUCGGGAAAGAGAGGGAAAGAAAUCAAAGGGAGAUAAUAAGAGAACCGGGGGACUUGGAAAAUCGUUGGAGAGAGCUGCAAAUAAGAAGAAGGAGACUCCAAUCGGAGGAAAGAAGCUAGCAGCUGCUCUUGAUGAAAUGCACACCUAA